AUGAGCACGGGAGGAUCCGGCUCGGGCGUGUGCUUCGGCCCGCGGGACACCGACAAGCCCUUCGCCGACUCGGAGCGGGCACAGAAAUGGCGCCUGUCGUUGGCCUCCCUGCUCUUCUUCACCGUCCUGCUCUCCGACCACCUGUGGCUCUGCGUUGAGGCCAGGCAAGUCGCCGCCGGGCGCCAUCGGGACCGGGAGCGCCGCGCGGAGCCGGGCAUGGAGCACGACGUAGGGGGGACGGCCCCCAGCAGCAGCCCCGCGGCACCGGCCGCCGGCCAGUGCUUCAGCUUGCUGGGCGACGCCGAGGCUGCCUGUCGCCGUUUGCAGCCGGGGGGUUCGGCCCAGGCGGAGCUCUACCUUCCCUUUUGUAAUUCCUAUACGCUGCGCGAGCUCUUCGCCGGGCUUUCUCGGCCGGACACGCUGAACUGCACUGUGGACCGCGGCGACGACGACGACGGGGGCGCUGGGGAAGGGGAUCGGCGCAGCGGGGAGGAGGAGGAUUGGCUUCGCUCCUGCCGCCGCUGCGUCCUGGUUUACCAGAGGUACGAUCGGCAAGCUCAGGACCGCUACCGGGAGUUCGAGCUCGUGCUCCAGAAAUACCUGCAGGCGGAGGAGUACUCGGUGAAAUCCGGUCCGGAGGAUUGCAAGUACUUACUAUUAGACUCAAGAAAACUGAAGGCCUUCUUAAGUAGGGCCAAUGUGAUAGAUAUGACUGAAAAUUUAAAGCUACAGAAAAUAAUUGAUGAAUUUGCAGCUAAAUUCUGUGAUGUUUAUUUAGAAACAAGACUUUAUAUUCAAUAUGAUCCUCAGAUAAACAUGCCCCAAGUGGCAUCUUAA